AUGAUCAAUAUAACAGAAUUCUUGCUCAUGGGAUUCCCUGGCAACCAGGUGCAGCAGAGACUAUGUGCCAUGCUCUUCCUCCUGAUUUACCUGGCAGCACUGAUAGCGAACCUUCUCGUUAUCACCAUCACCACCAUAGACCAGCAUCUCCAGUCCCCCAUGUUUUUCUUCCUGAAAAAUUUGUCCUUGAUUGAUAUCUGCUAUAUCUCUGUGACUAUUCCCAAAUCCAUCGUGAACUCUCUGACUGGCAGUCAUUACAUCUCCUUACUGGGAUGUGUUUCACAAAUUUUUCUAUUUAUCUUUUUUGCUGGUACAGAGUUUGCCCUUCUUCUAGUGAUGUCCUAUGACCGCUAUGUUGCCAUCUGCCAUCCCCUGCACUAUGAGACCAUUUUGAAUAGAGGUUCCUGUGUGCAGAUGAUGACCGCAGCAUGGCUCAGUGGGUGUGCCUAUGGAUCUCUUCAUGCUGCAGGUAUUUUCUCUUUCUACUUCUGUGGGUCUAGAAUAGUGCAUCAGUUCUUCUGUGAUGUUCCAUCACUUCUACUGCUCAUUUGUUCUGGAGAGCAAACUCUAGAAUAUGCAUUUAUCAUUGCGAGCUUUGCUUUUUCCUUUGUAUGCUUUCUUUUCAUGAUUGUCUCUUAUGUUUAUAUUUUCUCAGCUGUAUUGAGGAUUCCCUCUGCACAAGGCAAGUUAAAAACAUUCUCAACAUGUAUACCUCAUCUCCUUGUGGUAACCUUGUUUCUCUUUUCUGGUAGUGUAACAUAUUUUGGUACCACCCAUAUUUUGGCGUCAUCACAGAACCUGUUCAUGUCUCUACUGUACUCUAUAUUACCUCCAAGCAUCAAUCCACUUAUCUACAGCCUGAGGAACAAGGAUCUGAGGGCAGCCUUAUGUAAAAUACUGCAUGGUAAAAUGUUACCAAGCACACAAAUACCUUUUAAGUGA